AUGAAUUUAGAUUUCAAACCUUUUGAUUUAUUAGGAAAUGUUUAUAAAAAUGGAAACAUUCUUUUUCAUCCAACAACAGAUCAACUUUAUUCAACAAUUAAUAAUAAAAUUAAAGUUUUUGAUUUAAAAGAUAACAUAUCUUCAAUUAUGCCUUUUACAUCAAAUUUUAAUAUUAUAAAAUUUACUCUUUCACCAUCAGGAAAACUUGCUUUCAUAAUUGAUUGUUUAGGACGUGGAUUUUUAGUAAAUACAAGUAAAGGUGUUUCAUUAGCUCAAUUAAAAUUGACAAAACAUGUAGGAGAUGUUAAAUUUUCUCCCUGCUCCAAAUAUAUUGCCAUUGCAUUUGAUGGCAGAAUUGAAGUUUUUUUAUUAAACAAAGUAACUUUUGAUAGUUUUAAUGCUUGGACAAAGACAACAUCUUUAACAAUAUCAACAAAUAAAAUGACAACAUUAAACUGGUCUGAUGAUGGAGAAUUAAUAAUAGCAGGUGGUGAAGAUAAAAAGUUUGUAGUUCUUAAACCAGGAAAACAAAUUUGUACAGAUUUUAAAAAAAAAUUUCCUUUUCGUUUAAUUGAUGCACACAAAGGUAGUAUUAUUAACUGUUUCUUUUUAAAAAAUUCUUAUGAUUGUUUAACUAUCGAUGAUAGAGGAUUAGCUUCAUUAUGGAAGAGUAAUAAAACUUAUGGGAAAUUUGAUGAAAAAAAUGAAGAAGAUAAGUUAACAUUUGUUUUUUAUGAACGUGAAAAAAAAUUAAAUAUUAAUGAUUCUGCAUCUGUUGCAAGGAAUGUUGACUGUACCAGUGCAACUUUUCAUUCUAAAAAUAAUAUACUUGUUACAUCUUUUUCAAAUGGUGCUAUUGUUUUUCAUGAAAUUCCUACAUUUUCAUUAAUUCAAUCUUUAAAAGUUGGAGAUGUUUCUGUAAAAUGUGUUGCUUUUAACAAGGAUGGUGAUUGGGUAGGUAUUGCUUCAGGUGGAGGUUCAUUAGGACAAAUUGCUGUAUGGGAAUGGCAAUCAGAAUGUUAUAUAAUGAAUCAACAAUCUCAUACACAUAUUAUUUCAUGUGUUAAAUAUUCACCAUGUGGUUCAUUAAUAUCAACAGGAGGUAUGGAUGGAAAAGUUAAAGUUUGGGAUGGUAGAAGUGGAAAUUGUCUUAUAACAUUUACUGAACAUAAAUCAACAGUAACUGGUAUUUGUUGGACGGAGGGUGGAAAUGUUGUUUUGUCAUCAUCAUUAGAUGGAACAGUUAGAGCUCAUGAUAUGAAAAGAUAUAGAAAUUUUAGAACAUUUAAAUGUCCUGAACAAUCACAAUUACAUGGAGUUAUUACAGAUUCCACAGCAGAUUUAGUAAUGUCAAUGGCUAAAGAUGAAUUUAAAACUUAUAUAUGGUCAAUGGAUACAGGUGAUCUAGUUGAUGUUAUUUCAGGACAUUCUUCAAGACUUUCUGGAAUUUCAUUUUUUGGUAAUAAUUUAGCUUCUGUAUCAUGGGAUAAAACAUUACGUAUAACAAAUAUCAUUGAUAAUGGAUGCGAAGUUAUUUCAUUAACUGAUGAAGCAUUAGAUGUUUCUUAUUCUCCAUGUGGUAAAAUUCUUGCUGUAUUAACAUAUAAUUCAUCAAUAACUUUAUAUGAUACUCGUGAUAGUAUCAUAAUGGGAAUAAUUGAAACAAAAUAUGAUGUUGAUUCUGGAAGAGGAGCAUUUGAAACAAUUAAAAAAGAAACAUCACAAAGAAACAAAACAUUUGAAUUUAUAGAAUUUUCACCUGAUUCUAAUCUUAUUAUUGCUGGUGGUAACACAAAUCAUAUUUGUAUUUAUUCAGUUAAAGAUAGAAUACUUCUUAAGAAAUUAAAAAUGACAAUAAACUUUAGUUUUGAUGGUGUUAUGUCUGAUAUUAAUUAUAGACAAUUAUCUGAAUUUGGAAAUCUUGAUUUUAUUGAAAUGUCAUCAGAUGAAGAUGAUGAUGAUUAUGGUAAAAAAAAGAAAAUGGCUUUAGCAGGUAGUAAAAUUUCAGAUAAAUCUGAAAGAGCUUACAAACCAACAAUGCGUGCUAAUGCUAUAUCAUUUUCACCUACAGCCAGAUGUUUUGCUAUAGCAAAUACAGAAGGAGUUCUUAUUUAUUCUUUAGAUCGUUAUGAAAAAUUUGAUCCAUUCCUAUUGGAGACAACUGUAACUCCUCAAAUAAUAACACAACUGUUAAAUACAAAAGAUUUUUGUAAAGCAUUAAUAAUGUCAUUAAAGUUGAAUGAUAAUUAUUUUAUAAUACGUUCACUUCUCGAAAUACCAAUAGAAGAUGUUAAAUUUGUUACACAACAAAUACCUUAUUUGUAUGCUGAAAAAAUGCUUAAUUGGAUUGCCAUAAAUUGGAAAAAAGUUACAAAAAGUCAUAUUGAAUAUGUUUAUAAUUUUAUGGAUAAUUUAAUAUUAAAUCAUUUUCAAAAUUUUAAAAAUAAUGCUAGAAAUAUUUUACCAUCUAUCAAUGCUUUAGUUCAAGAAAUAUCUCAUCAACGAAAAUUAUAUAUUGAUAUUGAUAUGUCAAAGUCAUUUGGUAAUAUUGUUAGAACUUAUGAUGAAGAAUUAAAAUAUAUUGAACAAAUAGGACCAUGUGAAUAUAAAAUUAAAAAAGGAUUUGUUCCUAAUAUGAAUGUUGAGGGAAGAUUUUAUCUUAAUGAUAAAAUAAAAAAACAUAUGUUAGGAGAAAUUGAAAUGUGUUGUAAAAGAGGUAAUAUUGGUGGUUAUAUACCUGCUGUCAAACAAAUUGCUAAUGUUGCUGGAUUACCAGGAAUUAUUGGUAAUUCUAUAGGUUUACCUGAUAUGCAUUCAGGAUAUGGAUUUGCUAUUGGUAAUGUUGCUGCUUUUGAUGCAGAAUCAGGAGAUGGUAUUAUAUCACCAGGUGGUGUUGGUUUUGACAUAAAUUGUGGUGUUCGCCUUAUUAGAACUAAUUUAUUUGAAAAAGAUGUGAAACCAGUAAAAGAAGAAUUAACUCAAGCAUUAUUUGAUCAUAUACCUGUUGGUGUUGGAUCAAAAGGAAUUAUUCCUAUUGGUGUAUCUGAUUUUGAAGAAUGUCUUGAAAUAGGUAUGGAUUGGACAUUAAGAGAAGGUUAUUCAUGGGCAGAAGACAAAGAACAUUGUGAAGAAUUUGGUAGGAUGAUUCAGGCAGAUGCUACUAAAGUUACAACUAGAGCUAAAAAAAGAGGAUUACCUCAACUUGGAACAUUAGGAGCUGGUAAUCAUUAUGGUGAAGUACAGGUUGUAGAUGAAAUUUAUGAUAAAUAUGCUGCUAAAAAAAUGGGUAUUGAAGAUGUUGGCCAAGUUGUAAUUAUGAUUCAUUGUGGAUCUAGAGGUUUAGGACAUGAAGUUGCUUCAAAUUGUCUUACAUCAAUGGUAAAAUCUAUGAAUCGUGAUGGUAUUCAUAUAAAUGAUACACAAUUAGCUUGUGCUAGAAUUAACUCACCAGAAGGUCAAGAAUAUUUAAAAAGUAUGGCUGCAGCAGCAAAUUUUGCAUGGGUUAAUCGUUCAUGUAUCACAUUUUGUGUAAGACAAGCAUUUGCAAAAACAUUUAAUUGUACACCCGAUGAUUUGGAUAUGAAUGUUGUUUAUGAUGUAUGUCAUAAUAUUGCAAAAUUUGAGGAACACAUAGUAAAUGGGAGACCAAAAAUGUUAUGUGUACAUAGAAAAGGAGCUACAAGAGCAUUACCACCACAUCAUCCUUUAGUUCCUGUAGAUUAUCAAUUAACAGGACAACCAGUUAUGAUUGGUGGUUCUAUGGGUACAUGUAGUUAUGUUGCUUGUGGAACUGAAAAAGGUAUGGAAGCUACAUUUGGUACAACAUGUCAUGGAGCAGGAAGAGCUAUGGGCAGAAGUAAAAGUCGAAAGACAAUUAGUUUUGAGGAUGUUUUAGAUCAAUUAAAAGAAAAAGGAAUUAGUAUUAGGGUAGCAAGUCCAAAGCUUGUUAUGGAAGAAGCUCCAGAAAGUUAUAAAAAUGUUACUGAUGUUGUUGAUACUUGUCAUCAAGCGGGUCUAUCUAAAAAAACAUUUAAACUUAGACCAAUUGCUGUAAUUAAAGGUUAA